AGAGGACACGUGGUCACAGGGAGGCGGGCUUCAGUCUGUCUGCACCAAUGAGGAGCCGCACGGGUCAGAGUUGAGGGGUUAAAUCUAAUAUGGCGGCUAAUAAACGAGUGCUGUAUGUUGGUGGCCUGGCAGAGGAGGUGGAUGAGAAAGUGUUACAUGCUGCUUUUAUACCGUUUGGAGACAUCACAGACAUCCAGAUCCCUUUAGACUAUGAAACAGAAAAGCACAGAGGGUUUGCUUUCAUUGAGUUUGAGCUGGCUGAGGAUGCUGCAGCAGCUAUUGAUAAUAUGAAUGAGUCAGAGCUUUUUGGACGAACUGUCCGGGUCAAUACCGCCAAGCCCAUGAGAAUCAAAGAAGGUUCUUCUCGACCAGUGUGGUCGGACGAUGACUGGCUGAAGAAGUUCUCAGGGAAGACCGUAGAGGAGGCUGAGGCAGAGGCAGCGGGUGGAGAAACAACUAACACUGCAACACAGGAGGGUGAGCCUCCAGCUAAAAAGGGCAGAGUUAAUCCUCAGGUCUACAUGGACAUCAAGAUUGGAAACAAGCCAGCGGGGAGACUACGCUUCCUCCUUCGGGCUGAUAUCGUUCCCAUGACAGCAGAGAAUUUCCGCUGCUUGUGCACACACGAGAAGGGCUUUGGCUUUAAGGGAAGCAGCUUUCAUCGAAUCAUCCCUCAGUUUAUGUGCCAAGGAGGAGACUUCACCAACCACAAUGGCACCGGUGGGAAGUCCAUCUAUGGCCGGAAGUUUGACGAUGAGAACUUUGUCCUCAAACACACCGCUCCAGGACAGCUCUCCAUGGCUAACUCUGGGCCAAACAGUAACGGCUCUCAGUUCUUCAUCACCACUGACAAAACAGACUGGCUGGAUGGCAAACAUGUGGUGUUUGGAGACCUGGUGGAGGGGAUGGAUGUGCUCCGUGCAAUGGAGGCUCAGGGAAUGAAAGAUGGCAAGCCGAAGCAGAAAGUUAUCAUCUCUGACUGUGGAGAAUAUGUGUAAA